AUGGCGACCCUGGCGGAGAAGUUGGAGAAGAUCAAGUCGCCCAAACUGCAGAAUCAGCACCAUACGGCCGUCGUGCUCUCUGCUGUCGAAGACACCCUCCGCGAUCAAAAAGCCGACUUCUCGGCGACCGCUUAUUUCGCCGCUCUGCUCGCUCUGUUGUCCCAGUCUCUGUCGGCUUCCCAGGGCAUCGUGAAUAAGGACCUGGCCACCUCCGUCGUCUAUCUUCUCGACAUUACCACCGGCUUCGUUCCCGCCCCGAUCCUCCGUUCGAAGUUCUCUCAGAUUCUCACCGGUCUUGCGCCCGCCCUCUCCCUGCCGGAAGUCGAAGCCCCGCUGCUCAGACCGUCCAUUGGCUGCCUUGAAUCGCUGCUUAUCGCCCAGGAUGCCGCAGCUUGGAACCUCCCACAUACCCAGAUCAGCCCGCGACGCGCCACGGCCGGUUUGCUAAGUCUGUCUGUGGACCACCGCCCCAAGGUGCGCAAGCGGGCCCAGGAGGCCCUCGUCAAGGUCCUGCAGAGCCCGCCGCCGAGCCCGUCCAUCGACCAUCCCGCCGCGGACAUGUGUGCGGAGAGCGGCCUCCGCACUUUGAGCGACAGCAUUGCCGCCGCAACCAAGCAGCGCCGCGGUCGCCAUGACCCCAACCACCGCGACAACCCGGACCCCCUCGUCAUUCACUCCCUGCAACUGGUCAAGACCAUUGCGACCGCCUCGGGCGGAUGGCCCAGCAAGAAGAUCGAGCCGCUGUGCGAGCUCUUAAUGACGGCGUCCCGCUCGACGAACGAGUACAUCACCAUGGGCGCCUUCGAGGUCUUCGAGGUGAUCUUUUCUAGCAUGGCUGACGAGGUGUCGUCGUCCAAGCUGCCCCGACUGCUCGAGGCCAUCGCCGAGUUGAAGCCCGCCCAGAACGAUUCGCAGCUGCUCCCGCCCUGGAUCGCCGUCCUGUCCCGCGGCUAUGAUGUUUCUGCGCAGAUCGCCCCCGAGGAUACCUUCGAGAAACUCCCCGACCUGUUCAACAUGAUCUCCAGCUUCCUGGCUUCGCCGUCCGUCAACAUUCGCGUGUCCGCGUCCGAGUGUCUGAUUUCCUUCCUGGCGAAUUGUAUCCCCAACAGUGUCAUCAUCGAGCCAUCCGUGUAUGACGAGAAAACGCUCGAGAAGCUGGCCAAGGCGGCCACCGAUUUGCUGUCCGUCAAGUUCCAGGUUGCGUGGGCCGAAGUGUUCAAUGUGUGCUCCGCCAUGUUUGACAGUUUCAAGUGGCGGUCCAGCCCGUUCCUGGAUGACAUCGUCAGGACUGUGGGCGAGCUCCGCACCAACGAGUCAUUCCACGGGAAGAAGGAGGCGGACGCGGUGCUUGGAAGCGCCAUUGAAGCCAUGGGCCCCGCAGCGGUGCUGGAAAUCCUGCCGUUGAACCUGAUUGAGCAGAAGCCCGGCCAGCCCGGACGUGUGUGGUUCCUCCCGGUGCUGCGCGAUCAUGUCACCAACACCAACCUGGCACAUUUCCGCGCCGAGUUUGUCCCCCUGAGUGAAAUGCUCUACCAGAAGGUCAUGGCGUUCAGCUCCGCCGAAAAGACCGUCGAAGUGAAGAUCUUUGAGACCCUCGUACAGCAGACGUGGGGUAUCCUCCCCGGGUACUGCGAACUGCCUCUGGACCUUGUCGAGGCGUUCGACCAGAGCUUCGCCGAGCUGCUGUCCAAUGUGCUCUACAAACAGACCGAUCUGCGCGUGGAUAUCUGCCGCGCCCUGCAGAACCUGGUGGAAUCCAACCAGGCUAUCCUGUCGGUGGAGGCCGAAGAAGACGACCUGAUCCUCCAGCGGCGCAUCACCAAGGCUGCCGCCGCGAAGAACAUCGCUCACCUGGCUGGAUUUGCCAGCAACCUGUUGGCCGUCCUGUUCAACGUGUACAGCCAGACGCUUCCCCACUACCGAGGCUACAUCCUCCAGUGUAUCAACGCAUAUCUGAGCAUCACACCGGAGAAGGAACUGAAUGAGACAUUCGCCCGUGUCACCUCCAUGCUUGAGUCCUCCAUGGUGUCGGAGCAGGAAGCCGCCGCCAAGCAAGGUAACCAGCAAGGCGGUUCGGGCGGCGAUAAGAUGCCCCCGACCUCACACACGCUGAUCGACCUGGUGAUCGCCAUGUCGAUCUACCUUCCGCGGACCAGCUUCGCCAACCUGUUCGCCAUCGCCGCGGCCGUCCUCAACGGCAGCACUACCGACCAGCAACUCAUCAAAAAGGCCUACAAGCUGAUCCCGCGACUGGCGACGACGGAGACAGGCAGCGCCGCGCUGCGCGAGCGUAGCUCCGAGCUCCAGACCCUCAUCCUCUCGACGGCCGAUAAGACGCCCGCGUCGGCCCGUCGCGAUCGCAUGCUCGCCAUGUACGAGAUCGUCACCUACCUGCCCACCUCCGACCUGCACUUCAUCCCGUCUGUCCUCUCCGAGGUGGUGCUCGGCUGCAAAGAGAGCAACGAGAAGGCGCGCACCGCCUCGUUCGACCUCCUCAUUCACCUGGCCAAGCGCACCACUGACACGGAGCGCAACCCCCCCGGAACCACGAUCCGUAACUCGCUUGUCCCGCACAUGCCCAACGACGCUCCCGACGCGCCCGCCACCAUUGAGGAGUUCUUCACCAUGGUGUCGGCCGGUCUGGCGGGUAGCUCGCCGCACAUGGUAGCCGCAUCGGUGACAGCGCUGUCGCGUCUCUUCUUCGACUUCCACACGCAGCUCCAGCCCGCCGUGCGCGCCGACCUCGUGCAGACGGUCGAGCUCUUCCUCACCAGCAACAACCGCGAGAUCGUCCGCUCCGUCCUGGGCUUCGUCAAGGUCGCUGUCGUCGUGCUGCCAGACGACCUCCUCCGUUCACGGCUCAGCGCCCUCGUCCCCAACCUCAUGGUCUGGAGCAAGGAGCACAAGGGCCGGCUCCGUAGCAAGGUCAAGGGUAUCCUCGACCGGCUCAUCCGGCGCUUCGGCGCUGCCCCCAUUGAAGAGCUCGUCGGCGAAGCCGACCGCAAACUCGUUGUCAACAUCCGCAAGCAGCGCGAGCGCCGCAAGAAGAAGAAGGCCGCCGGCGACGCGGACGACGACAACGACGACGAAAACGAAACCGCCGCCACCAACGCCCGCGCCCAACACAGCAGCGCCGCCUUCGACAAGGCCGUCUACGACUCGGACCUGUCGGACUCGGACCUGGACGACGACGCCAGCGAGAUCGAUGUCGACGAGACGGGCCGCACGCACGCGCGCCGAAGCGGCGCCGGUGGGCGUGCCAAGAAAUCCGCCCAGAGCGAGCAGUACAUCCGCGAGCUGUCGCCGGAAGACAACCCGCUCGAUCUGCUGGCGCCGCACGCGCUGGCCAACAUCUCCACGACCAAGCCAAGCGUUCGCUUCCUCAACACGGGGCCUGGGUCGCGCCGCAAGCAGCGCGCCGCCAAGACCGACGCCGACGGCCGGCUCAUCUUCGGCGACGACGACGCCGACGUCGAGAUGGGCGGCGAUGGCGCCGGGGCCCCGCUGGAUGGCGCGGCCAGCGGCGUCAACGCGUACGUCGCGGCCGUCAGCGGACCGGACGCCGUGCGCCGCGGCCAGCGCGGCAAGCUCAAGAUGGCGCAGGCGCAGAAGAAGAAGGGCGGCGCCGCGGACCACGACGACGACAUGGACGUCGACGAGGGCGAUGCCGCCGCCGCGGUGGUAUCCAAGCGCGCCGGCGACCGCAACAACGGUCGUCGCGGGCUGGGCGCCCCCAAGACGCAUGGCCCCAGCGGAGGCAAAGGGGGCAUCCAGAAGCGGCGGAGCUUUGGUGGUCGUGGCGGUGGAGGACGCGGCGGACGCGGCGGUGGCAUGCGCCGCAGAUAA